AUGCUGGAGGUGCUGGGCCUGGAUCACCAGGACCAGUUCCCUGUGAUCUUCAGCUGCGUCUCCGAGUGCUUGCAGCUGGCCUUUGGCAUGGACAUGGAGGAAGUGGAUCCCAGCGACCACUCCUACAACCUGGUCAUAGCCCUGGACAUCACCUACCGCGGGCAGCUGCACAAUGAGGAGACCCUGCCCAAGAGCAGCCUCCUGCUGUUGCUCCUGAGCAUUAUCUUCCUGGAGGGUGGCUCAGUCCCUGAGAAAAAGGUGUGGGAAAUGCUGGGUGUCUUAGGGAUAUUUCCCGGGAGGGAGCACGUCAUCUUCGGGGACCCCAGGGAGCUCAUCAUCGGGGUCUGGGUGCAGGAGCGGUACCUGGAGUACCAGCAGGUGCCUGACAGCAAUCCCACUCGCUUCCACCUGCUCUGGGGCCCCAGGGCCCACGUGGAGACCGACGCGGUGGAAGUCCUGGAGUUUUGGCCCAAGGUCAAAGAUAGCACCGCUAAUGCCUGUCUUCCCUGGUAUAAGGAGGAUGUGGGAAAUCAGGGAGGGCCAGGCCAGGCUAGCAUUGCCGCCGCAGACAAUGCUGCCGCCAUGGCCGGUGCAAGUUCUAGUGUAACGUCCCCUGGCUUCUGCCCUGAGUGACGUCAACACACCCUGUCCCCUCUGUGUUGUCAAAGGCCAGUCAGUGAACGAAGCGGUGGAGGGCAAGGCUGGGGCAAUUUAUCUUCUUUUAUUUUUGGUAUUUUCAGAUUUUAGUUGUUUUAGAAAGUUUCCUAUCAUCAGAAUCGAAUUGUAGAUGGACAUUGCUCACACAUUUACU